AUGUACCCAGCGCAGUUCGUAUCUGUCCCAUUCCUCAUUCUGACGCAGUUUGUUUGUUUCCAAGCAGUGGUGGGACAAAGCAAUCAAUGUAACGAAAAAACGUGCCAAGCAGCCGGCAAGGCAUACGCUUCGAGCCUCAGCAAAUUCAUUUCGCCUUGCCACGACUUCUACGCGUACGUUUGUGAACGUAGGGGAGCGGAAGAGCUGCCCCCUGAUCCGCCUCCUGAUCUGGCCGGAGCACCGAUACGGAGCCAGCUCGUGUAUCUGAAGUUUCUGCUCGAUGGGCUUCAGAGCAGGGAGGACUCUGACGCGAACGCGGGUAGUGCGGCUAGCUUCCUGGAGAGUUGCUACUUCCACUUAGAGAAAGAGUCGAAAACGCCGAGUCCGGAUGCCUUAAUUAAUUUCUUCAAGAUUCUAAAACUCAAUCCGAUGAGUCCCGGUCAGAGCAAGCACAGUGGACUCUACCUAAUCCUCCGUUUUUCGCUGCGAUUCAACAUCGAAACCGAUAUACUUGCUGCGGCAGUCUCGAAUAACAAUAAACACAUUCUGCUGUACCAGCCGCACCACCCCCGGGAGGUGAGCCAUGUCGCAUCGCACUCGUUCGUGACAUCGGGAUUCGAAACACUGGCCGAAGCUAUACGAGAGAAGCUGCGCAAGCUACUCAAAGUUAUGACAAAGCAAGGCGAAUAUCAUGCCCGGGGGUCAGACGGAGUGUUCGAUGCGGUCCUCGACGUACUUUCCGCGUCCGGUAUGUCUCCCGCACGGCGCGCCGACCUCUCGAGGAAUAUCCGAGCAGUCGAGUUAUUGGUGCCAUGGCUCCGCACGGAAGCUCGUCGUUGGUUGCUGAUCGAAGGCCAGGAAGUGAUCCGGAUCCGAGAUCUAAUGAGGGAAACUAAAGUUCCCUGGUUGGCAAUCUUGAAUGCCCAUAUGGAAGGUUUAUCUAAUUUGGAGAGUGAGCAAACAGUCAAGCUUUCGAAAACCUUCAUUUCCGCUCUCGCUCACGUUUUGGGCGAGCCUGAGUUCAAGAUCCCAAUCCACGAUUACCUUACAUUCAUCGCUCUGAAACGUUUCUCGGACACCAUCGGAUCCUAUGUCAAGUUUCCGCCGAUCCCGCAUGUCGGCAGCGAAUUCUACUGUUUAUACGUGACAGCGCACUAUUUUCCUAUGACGUCCGCGAUGCUUGUUGGCAGACAGGCUUACACUAAUGCCUCGACAAUCGGCGCGACAACCUUGAUGUCAUGGAUCAAGCUCGGAGUCGCUAAGUUCUUCCUCGAAGCUGACUGGAUAGAGCACAGCACACGCUUCCAUUCACUUGACAAACUGUGGGCGCUGAGAGAGUUCGUAGGGUACGAUCCGGCUCUCGACGCCGCCGCCGCUGGCGAGGCGCCGAAAGUCCCCAUGACCUCGAAUUUCCUGCAGAACGUACUAGAGAUUCGUCGCUGGAACGCGACGAGACAUCUCCAGGCUUACUUCAGCCAGAAACCCAUCGAGUGGGGUGGGGGUUGGAACUUUAUGAAGGCGUCGCAUCGACCGCACUGGAAUGACAUCGUGGUCCCAAGCGCCGCUCUCUUCUUUCCAACUUACAUAGGGAUGAAAUUCGAUUGGAUGAACGUGGGUCCUCUCGGCUUCCAUCUAGCUCGCUUGAUGGUCCUCAGUGUGUUGAGCGGUGAUGACUAUGAUAAGGACGGUCAGUUCAAAAUGACCAACAUGGAGCACCACAUGACUCGUUAUUGGACUCUUGCGAGCGCCGAUAAUCUCGAGCACAGAUUGGAAUGUCUCCACGAGGACUUCACCAACGAGCUGACUAUCAAAGACAGGCGGCUCGCAGCUGAUCUUUUCGCCGAUAUGGUGGGAGCUCAAGCAGUUGCGCAAGUUUUCGCUUGGAUACGAAGAUUUCAGACGAAAAAAAGAACCACGAGGUCAUCGGGACUCAAAAUAUUCCCCCAUAUCGACUUCCUCAGCCCAGCUCAGCAAUUUUUCUUCAGUAUGGUAUAUCCCUGGUGUCAGCCGAUGUCUCAAGACGGCGGCGAAAUCCAUAGACGGAUAAACAUGGCUUUGUCGAGUGUCGAUCUUUUCAUCGAUGUGUGGUCGUGCUCGGAGUUUCAUUCGAUGAACCGGGCAGCAGACUUUGUCGACGAUUGUGGGAUCUGA